UCCGGCGGCGCGCGCGCCGCUUCCGGGGUCACGCGGGAUGCUGCGGGCAGCGCGCGGCGGCGGGCUCCGGCUGCUCGCUCGCGGCGGGGGCGCUGCCGGGGGCCGAUGGGGGCUGGCACCGAGACCUGGACCGGGACCCGGACCCGGGCUCGUCCCCGCCGCGCCGGGCCCCGCCGGUCUCCCUCCGCAGCGGCGGCUCCUACGACAGGCGCUCUCGCCCGCCGCGGCCCCGCCCGCCGUGGGGCGGUGGCUCCUGGCAUGUAGCGGUGCCGUGGCCGGUGCCGUGGUGCUGGGCGGCGUCACCAGGCUGACAGAAUCGGGCCUUUCUAUGGUUGACUGGCACUUGGUGAAAGAGAUGAAACCCCCGAGGACGCAGCAGGAGUGGGAAGCCGAGUUUCAGAAGUACCAGCAGUUCCCAGAGUUUAAAAUUCUGAAUCAUGACAUGACGCUGACAGAGUUCAAGUUCAUUUGGUACAUGGAAUAUUCGCACCGUAUGUGGGGCCGCGUUGUGGGUUUGGCCUACAUUCUGCCCGCUGCCUACUUCUGGCGAAAGGGCUGGCUCAGCCGCCCCAUGAAGGGCUGCAUCCUGGCACUCUGCGGGCUGGUCUGCUUCCAGGGACUGCUGGGAUGGUACAUGGUGAAGAGCGGGUUGGAAGAGAAGCCGGACUCUUAUGACAUUCCUCGGGUCAGUCAGUACCGUCUUGCAGCACAUCUCGGCUCUGCACUGGUUCUGUACUCUGCUAGCCUGUGGACAGGGCUGUCUGUGCUGCUUCCGCAACACAAGUUACCUGAAACCCAUCAGCUCCUUCGCUUGAGACAGUAUGCUCAUGGCACCACAGCUCUCAUUUUUCUUACUGCUCUUUCAGGUGCCUUUGUGGCAGGGCUGGAUGCUGGCCUUGUGUACAAUUCCUUCCCCAAAAUGGGGGAGCGCUGGAUCCCAGAUGAUCUCUUUGCCUUCUCCCCCAUGCUGAGAAAUAUCUUUGAGAAUCCUACAACUGUACAGUUUGAUCACAGGAUCUUGGGAAUUGCCUCAGUCACAGCUGUCACAGCACUGUACCUCUUCUCGCGGAAGAUCCCACUCCCUCGCAGGACCAGGAUGGCAGUGACUUCCUUACUGGCUGUAGCUUGCAUGCAGGUGGGCCUGGGCAUUGGCACUCUGCUGCUCUACGUCCCCACGCCGCUGGCCGCCACGCACCAGUCAGGCUCCCUGGCGCUGCUCAGCAUGGCACUCUGGCUCAUGAGCGAGCUCCGGCGGGUCCCCAAGUAACCGGUCGGAGAGAGAGCCCUCUCGGGGGAGCCGCACCGCUGGGGCCGGAGGCGGCAGAGACACGCCGAAAGACCCCGGGUGCACGGGGGGGGAACGGGCGCCCAGCCGGGCUGUGCGCAGGGAGGAAAGCGGCGGCGGGUGUGAGUGCGAACUUGAUAACAUAAAGGAGUUUUUACGGA